AUUCCUGCUUCAAUGUCUUGAGGACCUUGAUGCCAAUCUACGGAAACUGAAUUCACGUUUAUUUGUUAUUCGUGGACAGCCAGCAGAUGUUUUCCCCAGACUUUUUAAGGAGUGGAAUAUUGCAAAGCUUUCUAUUGAAUAUGAUUCUGAACCAUUUGGGAAAGAAAGAGAUGCAGCAAUCAAGAAGCUGGCUAGUGAGGCUGGAGUAGAGGUCAUCGUUCGAAUUUCCCAUACAUUAUAUGACCUAGACAAAAUAAUAGAAUUAAAUGGAGGACAGCCUCCUCUUACUUACAAGCGGUUCCAAACCCUAAUUAGCAGAAUGGAACCACUGGAGAUGCCAGUGGAGACUAUAACCCCAGAAGUAAUGGAAAAAUGUGUGACUCCGGUUUCUGAAGACCAUGAUGAGAAAUACGGUGUCCCCUCACUUGAAGAGCUGGGUUUUGACACAGAUGGUCUGCCUUCUGCAGUAUGGCCAGGGGGAGAAACAGAAGCUCUCACACGACUGGAAAGGCAUUUAGAACGAAAGGCUUGGGUAGCAAACUUUGAAAGACCACGAAUGAAUGCAAACUCACUUCUGGCAAGCCCUACAGGGCUUAGUCCCUACCUCCGCUUUGGCUGUUUGUCCUGUCGUCUCUUUUAUUUCAAGUUAACGGAUCUGUACAAAAAGGUAAAAAAGAACAGUUCCCCUCCCCUCUCCCUCUACGGGCAGCUGUUAUGGCGUGAAUUUUUCUACACAGCGGCGACUAACAAUCCACGGUUUGAUAAAAUGGAGGGGAAUCCUAUCUGUGUUCAAAUUCCAUGGGAUAAGAAUCCUGAGGCUUUGGCCAAAUGGGCAGAAGGCAGGACAGGUUUUCCUUGGAUCGAUGCGAUUAUGACGCAGCUUCGUCAAGAAGGUUGGAUUCACCAUCUAGCCCGGCAUGCUGUAGCAUGCUUUUUGACACGAGGGGACCUCUGGAUUAGCUGGGAAGAGGGAAUGAAGGUCUUUGAAGAGCUCUUGCUUGACGCGGAUUGGAGUGUGAAUGCUGGAAGCUGGAUGUGGCUAUCCUGUAGCUCCUUCUUCCAGCAGUUUUUUCACUGCUACUGUCCAGUGGGUUUUGGCAGAAGAACUGAUCCAAAUGGGGAUUAUAUCAGACGUUAUUUGCCAGUACUUAGAGGUUUCCCUGCAAAAUACAUCUAUGACCCUUGGAAUGCUCCCGAGAGCGUACAGAAGGCUGCAAAAUGUAUUAUAGGAGUUAAUUAUCCCAAACCAAUGGUAAAUCACGCAGAGGCAAGCCGUCUGAAUAUCGAGAGGAUGAAGCAAAUCUACCAGCAGCUUUCGCGAUACAGAGGACUGGGUCUUCUUGCAACAGUGCCUUCUAAUCCAAAUGGAAAUGGAAAUGGUGGCCUGAUGGGCUAUUCACCAGGAGAAAGCAUUUCUGGUUGUGGUAGUACAGGAGGAGCUCAGCUGGGAACUGGUGAUGGUCAUACAGUUGUUCAGCCAUGUGCCCUGGGAGAGUCUCAAACAGGAGCAAGUGGAAUUCAACAGCAAGGUUACUGUCAAGCAAGUAGUAUCUUACACUAUGCUCAUGGAGACAAUCAGCAAUCACACUUAUUGCAAGCAGGAAGAACGGCCCUUGGUACUGGCAUUAGUGCAGGGAAACGCCCAAAUCCAGAAGAAGAAACUCAGAGCGUUGGACCAAAAGUCCAGCGACAGAGCACAAAUUAAACUGCAUUAUUGGAACAGAAGAUACCACUCAAAGAACACACAGGAGAAUAUUCUUGCUACUCUAUAUUGGAACUAAAGUGUUGUGAGAGUACAUGUACUAAAACUAUGUACUUUUUCCUAAAUUAUUUUCAAUUGUUCUCAGUUGUUGUAAACGAGUUCAAUUUUUGGAAUGCAUUAUUUCUAACUGGCAUUUCUAUGGUUUUUAACUUUUUAAUGACUCUUUCACAAAGGGCAAAUUGAGUUUUGUAUAUAAAGUAUUUGGUGAAGAAUUUGCUAACUUAAUGUAAAUAUAAACAUUCAUGAUUAGCGACAGACCCAUCAAUAUAUUUUUGAUAAUCUUUCAUGUAUAUGGUAGUAGGAAAAGCUGUAGUGAUGUUCUGUAAAAUGGAUGGACAUAGAAAGUUUUGAAGUUUUAAAUUCUUAUUAUUUUUUGACUCGAGAACUUGACCUCUGUAUGAUCAACUUCUUAUUUUCAUAAUGUAAGUGCUUAGGACUGUGUUUAAUCAAAUAUAUUAGAACUGUUACCUUUAUUAAUCACAUCUGUAUAUAAGCCAUAUGCCAAUUUUUUUGUCAAGUUGUAAAAUUUUCAUGUAUAUGUCCAGUCCUUGUAUUUCCUAGUUGCCUUGUUCAGUAAUAACAUACCUUGUUAAUAAAAAAGAA